GUUCUCUUGGCUUGGCAUUUAUUGCUCUUGAUUAUUGCAUUGGAAGCAGCAAUCUUUAUGGUUUUUGGGCUUCUCUUGAAGGCCUCGAAUCAUGUUUGUCUGUUGUCGUCUGUUUUUCUUGGAGAGUUUCCUUAAGUCAACUUAGAGGCUGGCCCUUGCCCAUGUGUUGAUUUGAAUGUUUUGUUGUCUUUCUGAAGGAAACUAUAUGCUCUUGCAUCUACUUGUAUUGAUUGAUGGAGACUUGUUAGUAGUUGACUGAGGAAGUUGGAUUCUUCGGGUGCUUUUUGAAGCUGUGGUCGAAAGAAGAAGAGGAGCAAGAAAAAGGAGGAGGCUUAUAAGUGAGAAGAUUGUGAUGAAUAUGAACAUGGAAGAAAUGAAAGAGAUUGAGAGGGUUGGGGGAGAAGGCAUGGAAGAAGUUAGAGAUGAGCCAGAGGAUAUCAAGAGGAUUGCUCCAUGGACUCAACAGAUUACAGUUAGGGGAAUUGUUGCUAGCAUAGCAAUUGGGAUCAUAUACAGUGUUAUAGUCAUGAAGCUGAAUCUCACCACUGGUCUAGUCCCAAAUCUCAAUGUCUCUGCUGCUCUUCUUGCAUUUGUGUUCCUCAGAACAUGGACUAAGCUCCUCUCAAAGGCUGGAAUUGUAACCAGUCCCUUUACCCGACAAGAGAAUACCAUAGUUCAAACUUGUGCUGUUGCUUGUUAUAGCAUUGCUGUUGGAGGUGGUUUUGGAUCUUAUCUACUGGGUUUGAAUAGGAAGACAUAUGAGCAAGCAGGGGUUGAUACAGAGGGGAAUACUCCUGGGAGCACUAAGGAACCUGGGAUUGGUUGGAUGACUGGUUUCCUCUUUGUAAGCAGCUUCGUUGGGCUACUUGCUCUAGUUCCUCUGCGAAAGAUCAUGAUAAUAGAUUACAAAUUGAGUUAUCCAAGUGGAACUGCAACUGCAGUUCUCAUCAAUGGGUUCCACACUCCUACAGGAGACAAGAUGGCUAGGAAACAGGUGCAUGGGUUCAUGAAGUUCUUUUCAUUAAGUUUCCUGUGGGCUUUCUUUCAGUGGUUCUAUUCUGGUGGAGAAAAAUGUGGAUUUUCUCAGUUCCCUGCGUUGGGGUUGAAAGCUCGGAAAAAUUCGUUUUACUUCGAUUUCAGCAUGACUUAUAUUGGUGCGGGAAUGAUCUGUUCCCAUCUUGUGAAUUUGUCUUUGCUUCUCGGAGCAGUGCUUUCGUGGGGAUUAAUGUGGCCGUUGAUAGGUGGGCUUAAAGGAGAGUGGUUCCCUUCAACUUUAUCAGAAAGUAGUAUGAAGAGUCUAAAUGGCUACAAGGUUUUCAUUUCUAUUUCUCUGAUCCUAGGAGAUGGCCUCUACAAUUUUCUCAAGAUACUCUAUUUCACUGCCAGGAGUAUGCGUGCUAGAGCAAAAGCUAACAAACUCAAAACAGAAGACAAAAAUCAAGCUCUUGAUGAUCUUCAAAGAAAUGAAAUCUUCUUAAGAGAGGGCAUCCCUCUUUGGGUAGCAUGUUUAGGGUACAUCACCUUCUCCAUCAUUGCCAUCAUUGCCAUCCCUUUCAUGUUUCCGGAGCUAAAGUGGUACUAUGUAGUUGUUGCCUACAUUCUAGCUCCCUCUCUUAGCUUCUGCAAUGCUUAUGGGGCUGGUCUAACUGACAUGAACAUGGCUUACAAUUAUGGAAAGGUGGCCCUCUUUUUACUCGCAGCCUUGGCAGGUAAAAACAACGGUGUAGUUGCAGGACUGGUGGGCUGUGGCCUGAUUAAAUCCAUUGUUUCCAUCUCUUCUGAUUUGAUGCAUGAUUUCAAGACUGGUCAUCUCACUCUCACUUCUCCUAGAUCAAUGCUUCUUAGCCAGGCCAUUGGGACUGUCAUAGGCUGUGUUGUAGCUCCGGUCACGUUCUUCCUCUUCUACAAGGCUUUUGAUGUCGGAAACCCCGAUGGUGAAUACAAAGCUCCCUAUGCCAUUAUCUAUAGAAACAUGGCAAUUCUUGGUGUUGAAGGCUUCUCUGCCCUUCCCCAGCACUGCUUGCAGCUUUGCUAUGGUUUUUUCGCCUUUGCUAUACUGGCCAACUUGUCGAGAGAUCUUUCUCCCAACAAUAUUGGGAAAUAUGUUCCUCUCCCAAUGGCUAUGGCAGUGCCUUUCCUCGUUGGAGCCUACUUCGCAAUUGAUAUGUGUGUGGGGAGUUUGGUUGUGUUCGCUUGGCACAAGCUAAACAGCAGAAAGGCAAGCUUGAUGGUUCCUGCCGUGGCCUCUGGCUUGAUCUGUGGAGAUGGGCUGUGGAUUCUUCCUUCAUCAAUCCUUGCUUUAGCCAAAAUCCGUCCUCCGAUCUGCAUGAGCUUCCUGGCAACCAACUAAAACUAAUCAAACAUGCAGUAUUGGUUGCAGAAUCAGACAAGUAUAGCUAUGUUGGAGAGGUUUCCAAUUUUAACACCAGAAGAGCAAAUUUUAUAGCUAAGCUGCUCUGUAGAGUAAUAAUAAUCCUGUAGUCAAAUAGCAUAAUAUAAACAGUUUAGCUCUAAUAGAGUUACUUGAGCUGACACCAAUGUUCAGCUCUCUCCAAACAGUGUCCCAUUUGAAGCAUCACUUAUUUUUCAGCUUCAGUUUUA